AUGGAGAGAAUACGAGACUUGUCGUCGAAGAAAGCGGCCGUGAUCUUCACGAAAAGCACGUGUUGCAUGUGCCAUAGCAUAAAGGCCUUGUUCUACGACUUGGGGGCUAGCCCGGCGGUCCAUGAGCUAGACCAAGACCCGAGAGGCCGUGAAAUGGAAUGGGCCUUACGGGCCCUCGGCUGCAGCCCGACUGUGCCCGCUGUUUUCAUAGGCGGAGAGUUCGUGGGGUCCGCUAAGGACGUGAUCACGCUACAUGUCGAUGGCUCAUUGAAGCAGAGGCUCAUUAAAGCAAAGGCUAUUUGGUUCUAG